AUAGACAGCUCAAAGCAGCAGCAACAGCAGCAGCAGCGACGAUGAGCGUUACUUGCACCACCCCCGCCGCGAGUACGUUCGAUGCAGUUUCGUGCAAGCUCUCGAGGAAACAACAGCGUAAAAACGCGAUGCAGGAUCAGAAGGACCUGGAGCGCGCAGCCCAGGUGCUGUCGUGGAACAAACGGCUGAUGUCGACGUUGGGGCUCUGGCCGUUUCGCUCGAACGACUUGAUUUUCACCGUUAACUUCGGCUACUUCAGCCUCCUAAUGAUUCUGGAAUACCUCGAUCUGUUCCUCUUCAUCGGCGACCUCGAGCGCGUGGUGAUGAAUCUAACGGAGAAUAUGGCGUUCUCGCAAAUAUUCGUCCGAAUGAGCGCACUACGGUUAUAUAACGGUCAAAUUGGUGAGGUCAUAACCGAGGCCAUGAAGGACUUCGAUAGGACGUGUUACAGAACGUUCGAGGAAAUGAAAACGUUCAUCUCGUAUAACGCCAGGUCAAAGAUCUUCGUGAAGUUGCUGAUGGUGUUCGUCGCGUUGACAGCCACGUCGUAUUAUUUGACACCAAUUAUAAUUAUAUUUGGAGGCGGUCUGCCGCGAGUAGCGAUCGGCGAGAACGCGACGCGGGUGAUUUAUCUGUUGCCCUAUCGCUUUCACAUGUUCCACGUGGUGGAGGACAUGCGCACCUACGUCAUCACGUACGGCCUGCAAUUGCCCUUCGUGUUCGUCAGCGGCUUCGGACAGAGCGCCGCUGACUGCAUCAUGGUCACCCUGGUCUUUCACAUUUGCGGGCAAAUGUCGGUGCUGGCUCUGCGUAUCAACAACAUCGAUACCGAUCCCUUCAGCUGCCAGCGCGAGAUACGGAACGUCGUACGCAUGCAUUUGCGAUUGCUACGAAUGGGAAGAGCAAUAGAAAAGGCAUUCAGCGUGACGCUGUUGGCUCAUCUUCUAGGAGCCACUUCUCUCGUGUGCAUCCUUGGUUAUCAAAUUUUGACGAAUGUCGCCAAGGGCGAAAGCGGGGUGCUCGUUACAUUCCUGAUAUUUCAAUUUCUGGUCCUGCUGAUACUCUACGCUCAUUGUACCGUCGGCGAAAGUCUACUGACCGAGAGCGCUAAAGUUUGCGAAGCGUUUUACGAUUGCCAUUGGUACAACAUGUCGACAGAAAACGCACGGAUAAUAGUACUAUGCAUGGCGAGAUCGCAAAAGCCGUUGUGUCUGAGAGCUGGAAAAUUCAACACAUUUUGUCUCAGCACUUUGACCGACGUUCUGAGAACGUCCAUGGGAUACUUGUCGGUGCUGCGUUCUUUUUUGUAAUACCGUUACAAGUGAGUCACAGUCUCGGAAGUGUGAAAAUGAUAAUAUUUAAGUCACUCCUGCUCACACAGAUAGAGGUAAACACGCCAAUUACAAUAAAGAAAAAACGAGAAAGAGAGGAGGAAAAUUAUCUGCCUUUGGUGAUUCUAAAUUCUCUUUAAAUCCUACAUUUAUUUACUUAUAGAGAAUUAUUGCAUGCGUGGAAUAAAUUAGUUGCUCGUUUCGUUGCGAACAACUAUGUACACAUUUCAUGUAAAAAACCCACUUACAAGGAAAAAGAUAUAUGUUAUAGCAACGUGCAAUAAAUUGCACGAUCUUACUUAA